AUGGCAUCAGCAAGUCUACAGUUCUUUGCUUUUCUUCUGGCUUUGUUUGGUGGUUUUGGAGAUAUCACAGCCACCUUGCUACCAAACUGGAAGGUAAAUGCAGAUGUUGGUUCAAAUAUUAUAACAGCUAUAACACAGAUGCAAGGACUUUGGAUGGACUGCACAUGGUACAGCACUGGGAUGUUUAGCUGUACCCUGAAAUACUCCGUUCUCUCUCUCCCCAUCUACAUCCAGGCUGCACGGACCACCAUGGUACUGUCUUGUAUCCUAUCAGCCUUUGGGAUCUGCAUCACUACAGUUGGAAUGAAAUGCACAAAGUUGGGAGGGGACACUGACAGCAAAAGUCAUGCUUGUUUUGCUGGAGGAGUCUGCUUCAUUCUUGCAGGAAUCUUUGGAUUAAUACCAACAUCCUGGUACACAAGAGAAAUUAUUUCAAAUUUUCUGGACCAGACCAUUCCAGAGAGCAGUAAACAUGAACCAGGAGGAGCGGUUUAUAUAGGAUUCAUUUCAGCAGGGUUUCUGCUUAUCGCAGGUGUGAUCUUCUGCACCUCCUGUUUUAAAAAGCAGCAAGGAGCAUGGAUUUACCCUCCAAAGGAGCACCAUUUCCCAUCCACAGAGCAGGAGAGCAACACAGGUUACAACCUGAAGGACUACGUGUAAAUACAGUUAUUUCUAUCCAUUGAGGCUUUCUUUGUGCUAAGUGUAGUUUGAUUAUUUCAAAGAAUGUAUAACAUAACACUUUUCUUAGA